AAUGACGGUAUAAUAAGUAUCCAACCAACCUAACCUGACCUAACAAAACCUCAUCAUCAUGAUGAUACCACAUCGCUCAUAAGUCGAAGCUUCCUCCUCCAUAAUUCUCCUUCGAUCAUCUUCAGAUUCACUUCAUUCAACCCUUCAACACCACCUAACUUUUCCGCCAGUAGGCCGCGGAGAUGUCGACACCGGCGAGGAAGCGGUUGAUGAGGGAUUUCAAGAGGUUGCAGCAGGAUCCUCCUGCUGGAAUCAGUGGUGCUCCCUAUGAUAAUAAUAUUAUGCUCUGGAACGCCGUUAUAUUCGGUCCGGAUGAUACUCCUUGGGAUGGAGGUACGUUUAAGUUGACACUGCAGUUUUCAGAAGACUAUCCGAAUAAGCCACCAACAGUACGCUUCAUUUCAAGAAUGUUUCAUCCAAACAUCUAUGCAGAUGGGAGCAUAUGCUUGGACAUCCUUCAAAAUCAGUGGAGUCCAAUUUAUGAUGUUGCUGCGAUACUUACUUCAAUUCAGUCGUUGCUCUGUGACCCGAACCCAAACUCACCCGCCAACUCUGAAGCAGCACGGAUGUUUAGCGAGAACAAGCGCGAGUACAAUAGAAAAGUGCGUGAGAUCGUUGAGCAGAGCUGGACUGCGGACUAAGAAUCAACCUGUCGGGGCUGUAUCAUGAGUUGUAAAAGCAUCAUUUUCAAGGCCUUUAAAUCAAUGCUUGUUCAAGAAUUCACCCAAAACAUUAAUAAUGGUAACAACAAAUGUUUAAUUGCAGGUCAUGAUAUUUGAGUUUUAUUUGUAGGGAUUUUAAGUAUCUUAUAUUUGAACUAUGUUCUGUUGCUUGCAUUUUAUGACUUGUACAUAAUGAUUUCUUGUAAUAUAUUGUUUUCAUAUUUCCCGCU